AAGGGCUAAGGCCGCCUUCUUCAUAUUUUAGGGUUUAUACUCUUCGCGCUUCAAAGUUCUCUCGUGAUUCGUCGAAGCCCUCGAUUUCCAUAGAUCCACUAUCCAAUUCUUGAGCUUAUCUUCUAUUUUUGGGAAUGAGAUUAUGUGGCUUAAAUUGAACUGUUAUGCUUGAAAAGUUUUUGUUUUUUCAAUUUUGGCUAAGUGGGUGUGUGCAUAUUUGAUGAUCUAUUAUGGAGAUACAAACAUCUGGGAAGCCAAUAGAUUCGUUGUUAGAGAAGGUUCUGUGUAUGAACAUUCUCUCAUCUGAUUACUUUAAAGAGCUUUACCGGCUGAAAACAUACCAUGAAGUGAUAGAUGAGAUCUAUAAUCAAGUUGAUCAUGUGGAGCCAUGGAUGACUGGAAACUGUCGGGGCCCAUCCACGGCAUUUUGCCUUCUUUACAAGUUUUUUACAAUGAAGCUCACUGUGAAGCAAAUGCAUGGACUACUAAAGCACCCGGAUUCUCCCUAUAUUAGAGCUGUAGGAUUCCUCUACUUGAGAUAUGCUGGGGAUCCAAAAACUUUGUGGAACUGGUUUGAACCAUAUGUGAAGGAUGAAGAGGAAUUCUCUCCUGGAUCUACUGGUAGAAUGACCACAAUGGGUGCAUAUGUUCGUGAUUUACUCCUGGGACAGUACUACUUUGAUACCCUUUUCCCACGAAUCCCAGUUCCCAUAAUGCGGCAGAUUGUGGCUAAUCUUGAAAAAAUGAAGCUUCCUAGCAAACAUGCUGGUGUCACAGGGGAUACCACCCGUCAUGGUUCUGAUGAUACUGCACGUCGGCCACCUUCUGUGAAAGCUGCCCUUUCUGUCUCUUUUGGUCAGCGUGCUCCGCAUCGUGCUUCAACCAGGGACUCAUCUCCUGUUCGUCGCACCUUACCACCACCACCACCUUCUUAUGAUAGGAAUAGCAGUGAUGAUUUGCGAAGAUCUCCCAGCAGCCGUCGCAGCCAAAGCCGUGAGUUGUCCGAUCGAGAAUAUUCAGACAGGGAUCGAGACAGGGGCAAAUCUCGGGAAUUGGACAGGGACAGGGAUCAUGAUCGAGAGAGGGACAGGGAAAGAGACAGAACCCGAAACAGAGAUAAGGAUAGAGACAGGGCUAUGGACAGAGACAGAGACAAAGACAGGGCUAUGGACAGAGACAGAGACAAAGACAGGGACAAAGAUAAAGACAGGGACAGAGACAGAGAUAGGGAGCGGGAAAGGGACCGAGACAGGAGGCAUGAUUAUGAUCGCAGAUCCAAGUAUACAGAAAGAGAAAGCAGAAGGGACUAUGACAGAAGCUCUCGUGAUGGCAGUAGGUACAACAGAGAAACUAGUUCCCGUAGAAGUAGGAGUCGGAGCAGAAGCAGAAGUCAGAGCUUGCAAGCUCGCAAUGACCACAUUGAUCAUCGUUCGAGUCCACUCGCAGAUGGGAGCAAAGAGAAGACCUCUGCAUCUGCCAAUCUGGCGAAGCUCAGAGAUCUGUAUGGUGACACAGGUGAUCAAAAAGGGGGCAGUGCCAUGGAAAGAGGCAGUCGUAGGGACAAUAGCGGUGAAGAGGUGAUUAGACUUGGCGGUUCGUCUUGGAAGUAAUGCAGAAACUGUUUCUGGUUGCAUGUCCCUUGUAUGGAAUCUGGCAUUUAAAAGCUGUGGAUAAUUCUGUGUUGGAACAAAGCAGACUACAGCAGAUCUCUCUCUCCCUUCUGUUCUCUUUAUAUUUCUGAGUAGACAUGAUGAGCAUGGGUGGAUGAUGAUAUCCAUACCAUCAUCAUAUGCAAUGCGUGUCUAGUGGGAACAGGCAUUGCUUUUAUGCAAAGAGUUAUUAAGCAUUUUCCUAUUUGUCACAUUAUGUUAAAUUGCCUGUUAUGCUUUAAUUGUUGUCUUGGGGACCUUUAAAACAUGUCAUGUUGUAAGCUCUUUUCAUAUGUCAAUAAAAGAAAAUGUUGACUACCA